GUCAACACUGUAGUCCUCGCUUGAUUGUUUUAUUUUAUUAUCUGGGGUGUUUCGGUUAUGUGGCCUUUGAUUAAAAUGUAAUCUACUUCGAAAGAAUAUAACUUAGUAUUGCACAAUAGUUUAAGUGUCUUACAAUAUGCGGAAUGGGUCGAGCUAUUUAGGCCUAUAAAAGGAUGUGCCCUUCAUGUGUAACCUCUGAGCAGUUCAUGUGGUAUUAACAUCAGAUCUCAACAGCGAGUUAUCAACCAGCUUUGGUCAAGAUGUCUGCUUAUGAAGAGAAUGAGUCCAAGUUCAUGCGAAAAGCAAAGGAGAAUCCAUUUGUCCCAGUGGGAAUGGCUGGGUUCUUUGCCAUCGUCGGGUACAGACUUAUGAAGAUGAAAAGUCGGGGAGACACCAAAAUGUCAGUUCACCUGAUCCACAUGCGUGUAGCUGCCCAAGGCUUUGUGGUUGGAGCCAUGACUCUAGGGGUCCUGUAUUCCAUGUACAGAGAGUACAUUGUAAAACCCAGAGAAGAACAGAAAGCAGUGCAACACAAGUGAACAUGGACUCUCACUGACGUUUUAUGUCCCUUAAUAUUACCUCAUAUUAAGGUGUGUAGAAAGUUUAUUUUUACAAAUGUGUCAUAAUUUUUGUAUGCACACUUCCCUUCAGUAACUCACCUACACUGUAAAUAGGUUUAAGUUAUUGGUUAAUACUUUGUAUCCUUUAAGUAGCAUACCAGAGGCUCUAGCUAUCACUUCUGUAUUGAGAAGGAGGUAUACUGAUCUCAGCUGUUUUAACACUGGUUAGUUACUCUCUGUGUUCAGUAGCUGGUUUGAAAUCUGUGUGAACAGGUGACAUGACAAAUUGAGUUUGGUCGCCUUUAUUUUAAGGGUAUGUGUGAGUGAAUAUAAAAAAUUUGACUAGGCUAAGAUUUUAAAAUAACCACCAC